CCCCGGUAAACUUGACCGAAGAAGAAAAGCUAUGGCGAACCGGAAGAGACGCUGAAUUAAGGCAACUUGAUUUUUGUUGAGUUUUUGAACGUGUGUAACACCGUUUCGUCCUCGUCGCAGUCUUUAAGAUUAAACAGUACAGAAUCUGCUAACAUAAUUUCAACAUAAUUUACGAAGCGUGUGACGUUAAACUUGCGGUUCUCUCGAUAAGGAAACCCGACUUAAUUGCUGUAAAUGCUGUAGCUAAGACUAUACAUUUUCAGCUGAGUUAGCUAGGAGGCGGAUUUUCCACCAAGAGAGAAUACAGCAGAAUGACAGAUGAUGCCGUCCUGCUGGAUGUACCUGUCGUUCGGCAGCUUUACCACUGGGACUGUGGUCUAGCUUGCUCCAGAAUGGUCCUCAAGUAUCUCCACCCCAUCAGCGAUGAGGAGUUUCAGCGGGCAUGCUGGGAGCUGAGGAUGACAGAGAGUGUGUGGACUAUUGACCUGGCCUACCUCAUGUGCCACCUAGGAAUCAAACAUUGCUUCUACACACAGACUCUGGGUGUUGAUAAGGGCUUUAGGAAUCAGUCAUUUUAUAAGAAGCAUUUUGAUAUGGAAGAAGACCGAGUGAAUGAGCUUUUCCUUAAAGCAGAGAACAAAGGUGUACUGGUGAAGAAAUGCUCUGUGACAAUUCAGGAAAUUGAAUCCCACCUGGAACAGCGUCAUGUUGCCAUCGUGCUCAUCAACGCUGUCAUCUUGACAUGUGAACUCUGCUCUGCACCGGUCAAAUACUGCUGCUUCCUCCCUGUGGGCCAGAAGUGUUUCUGCAGGAAACCAGAGUAUCAGGGUCAUUUUGUGGUGGUGCGGGGCUUCAACAGGACCACGGGCUGCAUUUUGUACAACAACCCUGCAUAUUCUGACCGUGUGUGCUGCACGACCGUCAGUAACUUCGAGGAGGCUCGACGGAGCUACGGUACAGAUGAAGACAUCCUGUUCAUCUUCAAGGAGAGCUGAUUGACAGUGUGUGAAGGUCACUUGCAUUAUGAACAUUAAAAAGUGAACUUCUUUCAUUUGGUCCAGAGACCGUUUGGCCAUCCUCAUCGGUGCUUUGGAGUCCCGACAGCUCACAUGAAAAGACUUUAUUGUUCCCCUUCAUACAAAACAACACCACUCAGCCUGUUCAGGUUUUAACUCAAUAAGCUGAAUUGUUUUCGAUUGUGUUGUGUUGUUUUGAGACGACUUUUUAAAUUGUUGAAUGUUUCGUAACCUUGAGAGGAUUAAGAGGAAGUACAAUAGAUGAAUUAUGACCUUUUAGAAUAGGAGUUUUCAGGAAGUAACGUACACUUAAUUCAGGUUUUUACGAUGACAGUACUCAUUGUAUUCAAGUCAUGUUUAUGUUAGAGGUCACGUGACCAGCUUCAGCACUACUUUUUAAAAAGUCACUUUGUGUCACUCGUUCACAAUAAGGGGAACCAGUGGAGCUUUGAAAGUCUCAGGUAAUUCAAAUCUACCUGUGCAAAGAUAAUAAUGCUCAGUUUUUUUUUGCGAAACUAGCAAUAUGUUUAUUAUGGUGUGUGUAUUUUACAACUGCACUGCGUUGUUGUUUUCCAGUAUUGUGUCUACACCAGAGGGUAAAAAAAAAACAAAUAAACUGAGCAUUGUGCUUGUCUUCGAAUAGACGACACUUCUCAUGAUUAGAUUGUGCAAGUGUAACUAAUGAAGUGUUCCAAUGAGCCAAUCAAAGAUAACACUUUGUUGAUCCCCAAAAAAGGAAAACUGGCGUCAAUGAAUUCUUCCAAAGGAAACACUGCCAAAAGAAGAACAUGCUUGAUCAUUUAUUUCACUUUUUUUAAAUACAAGUCUGUUGUCAUGGAAAAAUCCAGGGCAGAACAAAGGUCAGACAAAAGUGUGCCUACAUUUUUUUUUUAUUCAAUGUAUCACAUCCUCACUUGUUCUUAUUUUUGUCAUUCCGACAUUGAGUUCUUGCACUACACGUUUCACCAUGUAAUCAUACAAUGUUAUAAAUCAAAAGAUUUCACACAAGUUGUAUUGUUUCAUGCUAUAAAACCAUUUGCAACCUCAUUAACAGCAUAUAACAUUAAUUAAAAAAUAAAGUGUUUCAUACUGUGGAGGUUUAUUUUCGUUCCCAUAGGAGAUUUGGGCUAUUCCUU